CCGUCCGCCUGCGAGUCCCGCCUGCGAGUGCGGCUCGGGCAGCUCGGCGCGCGGAGGAGCCGAGCGCAGCGCGGACAAAGCGGAGCGGCUCUCUGCGUGUGAGGCCCGACCGAGCCGUCCCUCCCAAGAUGACCGUCUUCCUGCCCGUGCUGCUGGCCGCCCUCCUGGGUGUGGAGCAAGCCCACUCCCUGGUGUGCUUCUCCUGCACGAACCAGCAAAGCAACUUCUACUGCCUGCGGCCCACCAUCUGCGAGGACACCGACAACUACUGCGUGACCGUCUCCGCGGCCGCGGGCAUCGGGAACGUGGUGGACUUGGGCUACAGCCUGAACAAGGGCUGCUCCCCCAUCUGCCCCGCGCCCCCCGGCAUCAACAUCGGCGUGGCCUCCAUGGGCACCCACUGCUGCCAGAGCUUCCUGUGCAACAUCAGCGCGGCCGGCGGGCUGCGGGCCAGCACCUCCCUGCUGGGCCUCGGGCUCCUGCUCAGCCUGCUGGCCCUGCUGCGGCCCGGCCCCUGACCCCCUGACCCCUGACCCCCAACCCCCGGCCCCACCGCUCAGGAAGGAAAGCCCAGCCCCGCCCAGACCCUCACUCACACUGCCCGACCCCCACCCCUCGGCCUCGGGCCCCUCGGCAGGCCUGUCCCCCGCACCUACACCUGCCCCCAGCGGCCCCCAGCCGCGCCGGCUGCCCUCACUCCAGGGUCCAUGAUGUGAGCUCCUCGGAGGUCCCCCCGGGGCCUGUGGGUCGGCAGCUGUUCCUGGGUCCUGGGGACACACCGUGGGAGGCCCAGGCCCAGGCCCUGUCCAUCGGGCAGUCCGCCCCUGACAGUGGCGUGGAAGGGGGUGCUGGGUGUGGGCGCCCAGCUGCACGCACAGGGGUCGGUGAGGCCUUGGGGCGCCACGCCCCACUCACUUCAGCAGCCGAGGGCCCAGGAAUCGCUCCCACCCCAUCCAACUGCGGCCCCCGCCGCGCCCCUCACGCCGGAGCCUCCUGCUGCUUUGGUGCCUCAAAUAAACAGACCUGCCCGCC